UCAACGUGCCUCUUCACAUCUCGCAAGUGUCAUCGAUCCACUCCCGAGCAGCUCACACGUUAGCCACCGCCCUUCCCCCCUUCUUUCUUCAUAUCCUCAAACCCUCAUGCUUGUGACAAGAGAAAACAAGACCAAAUAAAGACAAGUAAUACAGUUCAUCCAAACCCUACCGAAAAUGCCUCGCCGAUAUGCUUUUCGGUGGACCGAGGACGCGGUCCACCAAGACACCAUGCGUGCUUUCCUCUCCGAGUUCGUCGCCACCGCCAUAUUCGUCUUCGCAGCCGAAGGCUCCCUUCUUUCUCUCGGAAAGCUGCAAAAGAUAAACACGUGGACGGCCGGCGGUCUGGUGGUCGGUGCGCUUGCUAACGCGCUCGCCUUCGCUGUGGCGGUCUCGGUUGCUUUAAACAUCUCCGGCGGCCACGUGAAUCCUGCCAUCACUCUCGCCAGCCUCGUUGGCGGUCGAAUAUCGUUCUAUCGGGCUAUAUUGUACUGGGUGGCGCAGUUACUUGGCGCAAUCGUGGCCGUCAUUCUGCUCUGGAUGUCCACCGCUGGCUUGAGACCAUUAGGGUUUGUAGUAGCCGUUGGAAUAGGGCGGGGUAAUGCGGUGAUACUCGAGAUCGUGCUAACGUUCGGGCUCGUUUACACGGUCUAUGCGACGGUGUUGGAUCCAAGGAGAGGAUCAAUUUCCACCAUCGCUCCAUUGCUGAUUGGGUUCAUCGUGGGGGCGAAUGUGUUGGUGGGCGGGUCAUUUGAUGGGGCUGCGAUGAACCCAGCUCGAGCAUUUGGGACGGCGGUGGUGGGUUGGAGGUGGCGCCACCAUUGGGUUUAUUGGGUUGGCCCGAUGCUUGGUGGAGCGUUAGCUGCUUUGGUUUAUGAGUUUAUGGUGCUUUCCGUCGAGUCAUCUUCUCAUCCGCAUCAUCAGCCUCUUGCCCCACAGGACUACUAG